AUGGAUGUUUGGCACCAAAUCUGCUGCUGCUCCUGUGCACAAGAAGAACCAGAGAACAAUCCUCUCAGGUAUUUUGAGAUGCUCCAGUACUUUGAUCAGCUGGGGAAACACAAACGGGCCCAGGCCAACAACCUGUGGAACGAGCCCGCGGACGACACCCGCAUGGAGUGCGAUGACGACCGCGAGCUCUACAACCUGCUGCAGAAAUGGGCCAGGCUGCGCCGGGGCUCGGAGGGCUACCAACGCCUGAGCUUCGACAUCAGCGCCCACCACCAAAUCCGCCACGAGCUGAAGGACCUAUGGAGGCAGAUGCUAGAGGUCCUGGGGUUCAGCGGUGAGGCAGACAGCUUGCUCGACAUCACCUCCACGGCCUCCUACAGCUCCCUGCGCCAGCCCCUGCAGGCCCACCAGCUCCUCACCGCCCUGGCCGAGCAGACCAGCCUCUUCGACCACCACUGUAGCCUCCCCGAGCGAUACCUCUUCGUCCUUGACCGGCUGCUCAUCCUGGACGCUGGUGAUGACUUUUUCGCCGCCGCCCGGCGCUACUACCCCCUAGAGGCCGAGGAGGAGCCCCCCAGCCUGGAGCCCGUGCUGGUGACACUGAGCCCAGUGCCCCAAGGUGGGGAAGAGGUGGAGGAAGAGGAGACUGCUGCAGUGAUGGAUGAAGAGUCCCUGUUGGUCAAGCUGUUUGAGUGA